AAGCUACUGAAAUUAUUGGAACAGCAAGAAUAUCCCUUGCCAUUGAUAACACAGAAGAAUACCUUGGUGUAUUUUCUUUCCACCAAGUUAGGAUAUCAAAUGGCUCUAAUCGAGAACAGAGAAGAAGUGGAUCAGAAAGAUAUUACUCAAACUCAUCCAUUUCGUUUAUAAUAUUAACUUGA